AUGUCCAGUGAAUUAAAGGAUUUGAAACGGCAGGAGAGACAGAUACAAAGCACCUUCAAUGGUGCCAAACAGUUUUUGCAAAAAUUUAAGGCGGAGAAGCAUACUAGUCAGAUAGAUAAUCGUUUAGAGCUUCUGGAAACCGCGAUGAAAAAAUUCUACGUGGUUCGAAGAAAAAUUGAGCUGUUAACUGACGAAGAUGACGAGAAGGAAGCAAGCGAUAGCAAGGAAACAGUAGAAGAACGUGCUGUUCGUUUGGAAACCCUCGCGGAAAGGCGAGAAAUUGAACACUCUCAAAUUAUACAGAACGCCGAAGAUCUCUACUGUGAGCUGAAAUCGUUAUUGCAAAGUUUGAAAUCAGCUAACACACCUACACAAGUGCCCACUGACGUUGCACCUACUCCAAUAUUAACUACUACCAACUCGGUAUCAAGAGUCAAGCUUCCCGAUAUUCGUCUACCUAGCUUUGGAGGCAAAACAAGUGACUGGGUCACAUUUCGUGAUAUGUUUCAAAGUUUGAUUCAUCGCAACGAUCAAUUAAAUGCAAUCGAUAAAUUUUCGUAUCUUCGAUCAUCGUUGAUCGGCGAAGCGUUGCAAGAGAUUUCGUCAAUAGAAAUGUCGGUAGUUAACUAUCCAAUUGCUUGGGAUUUGUUGAAGAGACGUUAUGAAAACCGAAAACUAAUAGUCAAGGCUCAUCUGGAUGCGUUAUUUGCUGUUGAACCGAUGAAACGUGAAAACUACGAGGCGUUGAGUCAUCUUAUAGGCGAAUUCGACCGUAAUUUGCAGAUGUUGGAGAAAGUUGGAGAGGAUUCGUCUCAAUGGAGCACAAUAUUAGUUCACAUGAUCUGUUCGAGGCUAGAUCAGGCUACGUUACGACACUGGGAGUCACACUAUAGUUCGAAAGAUGUUCCAACCUACGACGCCUUGAUGUCAUUUCUUCGAAAUCAAUGUUGCGUCCUUCAAUCAAUUGCUCCACCUAAAUCGGUUCACAGUGAAACAAAGAAACCGAAGUUCACAGUGUCUCAUACAUCUGUACAGUCUUCCAAUCGAUGUCCAUUCUGCGGAGAAGCUCAACAUUCUGCAUUUAAGUGCCAGAAAUUCAUCAAAUUGAAGGUGUCUGAGCGAUUCGAGAUGGUGAAACGUUGUCGGUUGUGCUUGAAUUGCUUAUCUCCGACGCAUCUUGUUCGGUUUUGCACGAAGGGAUUCUGCCAACAUUGCCAUCAAAAACAUCACACACUCUUACAUUCUGGAUCUUUCAUCGGAGGGAAGUCGUCGUCGACAGCACCGCAAACCGAUCCCUCCGUCCCACGUGCACAAAAUCGGCAACAGACAGCGAACAUUCAGCAAACACAAACACUAGCCCAGAACCAUACCACACUCACUCAGAACACUGGAUCAUCUACAAGCUCAUUACACGUCGCAAACGCAAAUUCGCAACCGCAAACACACCCACCACCCACCACAGAUCGUACUCCCAGUACAAACACUCUAGCUGCAAACACACAUACACCACAACGUCAAGUUUUACUAUCUACCGCUUUGAUUCGCGUAUCGGAUUUCUACGGAAAUGCACUGAUAGCGAGAGCUCUUCUCGAUUCUUGCUCAGAAUAUUGUUUUAUUACUACAACUCUGUUCCAAUCGCUGAAGUUACCAGAGACUGCCAGUACCCUGUCCGUGGGAGGAAUCGGUGGUUCUAUAGCCAAAUCUACAAAAAGCGUAGAAGCGACGAUAGCUCCACGAUCGUUGGAUAUUUCAUCGUAUUCGGAAAACGUUCAACUUCACGUAUUGCCGAAACUCACCUCGAAGCUGCCAUUGCAGGCGGUCAACAGUCGGACUCUCGCCAUUCCGGCAGGCGUCAUUUUAGCAGAUCCAACUUUUUGUGAACCUGGAUCUAUAGAUCUCAUAAUCGGUGCUGAGUAUUAUUACGAUCUACUGUUAAAUGAAAGAAUGAAGUUGUCAGAAAAUGGACCCAUCUUACAAAAAACCGUCUUUGGAUGGGUUGUAUCUGGACGUGUACCGGGUACAAAUUUGGAGAUUCCUAGAACCAUUACACAUACGUGUGCAUCAAUUGAUCUUCGGGAUCUUCUCGCUAAAUUUUGGGAACUAGAGUCCUGCAAUAAUCGAAGCACUCAUUCGGUAGAAGAAACGAUGUGUGAGGAAAUAUUCGACAGAACAACUGUUCGUGACUCAGAUGGAAGAUUCAUUGUCACUCUUCCUAAGAAAAACUACGUUAUUGAUCAAUUGGGUGACUCAAAAUCCAUUGCAUUGAAACGAUUCUUCGGUUUAGAAAAGAGACUUGCUGUAAAUAUCACAUUGAAGAAGUUAUAUAGCGAAUUCAUCGAAGAAUACUUAUCCAUGGGCCAUAUGCGAGAAAUUUAUGAGAAUGGCGGUGAAAUGCUUUCUUACUACAUGCCUCAUCAUGCUGUAAUCAAACCCCACAGCACUACGACGAAGCUACGUGUCGUCUUCGAUGCAUCUUGUCGAUCGUCUACAGGAGUUUCCUUGAAUGAUGGAUUGCUUGUGGGACCGGUAGUGCAACAGGAUUUGUUGUCAAUUACCUUGAGAUUUCGUUCUCAUAAAUUUGCGUUAGUAGCUGAUGUGGCAAAAAUGUACCGUAUGGUAAAGGUAGCAGAGGAAGAUCAGCCAUUGCAACGCAUUUUGUGGAGAAACGCGCCAACCGAGCCAGUGAGGACCUACCAGCUGACUACAGUAACAUAUGGUACCGCAUCUGCACCAUAUCUUGCGACCAAAUGUCUUCAAAGGCUAGGUAGUGAAGGCGCACAAUCACAUCCAACAGCAGCCAGAGUAGUAGCAAAUGAUUUUUAUGUUGAUGAUCUGUUGACGGGUACAGACAGUAUAGAAGAGGGAGUCAUUCUCGCAUCAGCGCUCAUAGAUCUAACGAAUUCGGCUGGGUUCAAUCUGCGAAAAUGGAGUUCCAAUAGUCAGGAGCUCCUAUCCUCUAUUCCAUCAGAACUUAGAGAUGAUCGUGCCAUACUAGAACUCGAUUCGUCCACAUCUACUGUCAAAACGCUUGGAAUAAUCUGGGAACCAGCAAAUGAUUGCUUUAGAUUCGCCGUGCCACACUGGAAUACAGAGUCAAUUAUCACCAAGCGACUAGUACUGUCAGACACAGCUCGAAUUUUCGAUCCCAUUGGUCUCAUCGGCCCAGUCAUCGUUCAGGCCAAAAUCUUCCUCCAGAAACUUUGGAAGCUGAAAUCAGAUUGGGAUGAACCUUUGCCACUGGAACUGCAAAAUUUUUGGAUUCAGUACCGGUUGAAUCUCUCAGCUCUCGAAACAUUCUCUGUUCCCAGAUGGAUCGACUUCUCUAGUAACUUGGUUUCUACGGAGCUUCACGGUUUCUGCGACGCUUCAGAGGCUGCGUAUGGUGCUUGCUUAUACCUUCGAUGUGAAGCAAUUGAUGGAUCAGUUAGCGUUCGUUUGAUAAUGUCUAAGUCUCGAGUAGCCCCAUUAGAAGAUCUCAGUCGGAAGAAAAAGAAACAAUCCAUUCCAAGAUUGGAAUUAUCCUCAGCGUUAUUGCUGAGUCAUCUGUAUGAAAAGUUAUGCAGUAGCUUCGAACCUCCAGGCAAGGUUUAUUUUUGGACGGACUCCAUGAUAGUUAAGUGCUGGCUUUCAUCGUUACCAUGUCGUUGGCAAUCUUUCGUUGCUAACCGUGUAUCUGAGAUACAACAUAUCACCAAAAAGGGAGUUUGGAAUCACAUUGCCGGUGCAGAUAAUCCAGCAGAUAUUAUAUCGCGGGGUUCGACACCCGCUCAGUUGCAAUACCAACCACGAUGGUUUGAAGGUCCACUUUGGAUGCGCCAGCAACAUUCAACCUGGCCAAAGUCAGCGGACGUAAUGUCUCCACCAAACAGUCCACUGUUAGAAGAAAAACCUACCGCAUCGCUUCCUGUUCACACAAAACCUCUGAAUAACUUGUUUUUGCGUAAAUCAUCGUUUCCUGAUCUUGUUCGAAUGGUAGCAUGGAUACGUCGCUUCAUACAUAAUGCGAUGCCUAACAACCGCACUAGAAAACGGUUAAAUUAUUUAUCUUCUGUGGAAUACGACGAAGCAGUGAUAGUUUUGGUUCGAAUUGCACAACAUGAGAGUUUUGCGGAAGAAAUAGCAUCUUUGUCUAAGGGAGAACCUGUAAAGGCAUCAUCCAAAUUAUCAGCACUGAAUCCUCGUCUGGUUAAUGGGAUUAUUCAAGUUGGUGGACGAUUAUCUAAUGCACCAGUGUCCGAAAGUCGUAAACACCCUAUGAUCAUUCACCAUCAACACCCUUUGACGAAGUCUAUUAUGCAGUAUUAUCAUCGCAAGCUAUUCCACGCCGGUCAGCAACUACUCAUAGCUGCCGUUAGAGAGAGGUUUUGGCCAACUCGUAUUCGGGAUCUAGCACGUUGGACAAUUUAUCGAUGUGUUCAAUGUUUUCGUAACAAACCCAAAGUACACGAGCAGUUGAUGGCUGAUUUGCCAUCCGUUCGCGUUACUCCUGCAGCAGUGUUCAGUAAGGUCGGUAUCGAUUUUUGUGGACCGUUCUACAUUCGUUAUCCAGUUCGACCAAGCUUAGUGGUGAAGUCCUUUGUGUGCAUUUUUGUCUGCUUAACAACUAAAGCAGUACAUUUAGAAGUGAUUUCAGAUCUGUCAACGCAAGCAUUUCUAGCUGCAUUCAAACGUUUUGUAGCAAUCCGUGGAAAACCACUGCUAGUCAUGUGUGAUAAUGCCACAAACUUCGUUGGAGCAAACCGAGAGCUAGAAGAACUACGUAGGCAGCUGUGCAACCAGCAGUUUCAACAUACAAUGAUAAAGUCUUCAGAAGAAGAAGGCAUUGAAUUCAAAUUCAUUCCACCGCGCUCUCCGAAUUUCGGUGGUUUAUGGGAGGCUGCGGUCAAGUCCUUCAAAAAUCACUUCCGCAAGACUAUAGGCGCCAGAACACUAACAUACGACGAACUAAAUACCACAGUUCAGCAAGUUGCUGCCAUUCUCAACUCACGCCCAUUAACACCUAUGAGCAAUGAUCCUUACGAUUACUCUGCAUUGACACCCGGACAUUUCCUGGUUGCAAGGCCGCUCACAGCAGUUCCUGAACCAGAUUUACAAGCAAUUCCCGAGAAUCGUCUAUCACUUUGGCAACGUACACAAAGUUUAGUUCAGCAGCUGUGGCGGAAAUGGAAAACGCAGUACCUAUCGGAUCUACACAACAGAACGAAAUGGACACGGCAGCGUAACAAUAUUGCUGUUGGCACUAUGGUUCUAAUUAAAGAGGACAACCUACCUCCCCAAAAGUGGCAAUUAGGACGCAUAGCAGAAGUUUUUAUCAGUGCAGAUGACAACAUUCGGGUUGUAUCUGUGCGAACCAAAGAUGGCGUCUACAAAAGAAGCAUAUCUAAGAUUUGCAUCCUUCCUAUCAGGGACAACGACGAGAAGUCCCACUUGAAGGCAAGCUAA